AUGGCUAUUGAUGAAAAAGAAUCGCAUGCUGCUUUGUUAGCGGAGAUCGAACGUGAAGACAAUAACGAUGAUCUUGAACUACAAGAAUCCCAGUCACUGAAGAAAUUGAAACAGCAACAUGUUUGGAGAAUGCGCAAGAUCCUCCUACUCGUAAUUCUCUUUUUCAACAUGAUGGGAUUUAUCAAACUUACGGAAUUGCUGAAUCUGCGUCGUCAACUGAUGGUGAUAGAGCUUGAAAGAACAGGAGCGGGCUGUCAUCAUGAACAAAUGGAGAUGACGAUGAUGAUAUUGAAUGAAGAGAUCAGCGAUGGCUCUGUAGGAAUCGAUGGUGAUGAAUAA